AUGAGCCAGAUUGUGAUUGGCACAGCCCUGCAGGUCUCAGCAUAUCACAUCGCUCACCUUAUCGUUGGACGCGUCGUCACCGGGACGGGAACUGGUCUCAAGACGUCGACCGUUCCAAUGUAUCAAUCAGAACUUUGCCCACCGACCACGAGGAGCCGUCUUGUCAGCGCCGAUGUCAUGUUUGUUGGAAUCGGCAUCAACAUUGCCUACUGGUUCAAGUUUGGCAUGAGCUACGUCGGAGGCCCCGUCGCGUGGUGUCUUCCGAUCUCUAUACAAGCACUCUUCGCAAUCGGAGUGAUAUUUCUCGUGUUCGCAUUACCCGAGUCCCCUCGAUGGCUUUUCAAUCAUGGAAGGCAGGAGGAAGCCAUUGAAGUACUCUGUUUGAUCUACGACAAAGACCCCGCCGAUCCUGUCAUUCUCACCGAGCGCUCCGCGAUACAGCAGGCAAUUGCACUCGAGUUGAUUGGAACUCAACAGGGCCAGAUAUUCUUCUCCAUCUUCAAGCGGGACCGCGUGCGAACAAGAUAUCGGAUACUCUUAGCUUGGUUCAUUCAGUUUAUGAACCAGGCCAGCGGUAUCAACCUAGUCGUCUAUUACAUUCCUGUUGUUCUCCAAGACAGCGUGGGUUUGACUGGCCGAACGAGUUCGAUUCUGGGUGGGUUCAUCCUCCUGAUGUUUGUGCUGGGACGAAUCUGGCCCUCUCUAGCCCUUGACCGAAUGGGACGUCGCAAAACAAUGAUGUGGGGAUGCGGCGUUCUCGGCGUCUCCAUGCUCUUCAUUGCCUGUCUUCUUUCACAGGCAGACAAGGAGACAGCCCGCGGCCAGAAAUUCGCCAUAGCCUCGGUGGCUUUCUUCUUCGUCUACAUGCUUGGAUUUGGUUCUUCGUAA